GGUGCUUAACGGUUUGUUAUUGUCCGGCAUUAGGCACGCGCACAUAAAAGCGAAAAGCGUCGUGCAGCUUGUGUCCCAUUCAAAGUGUUGCAUUUCACUUUUAUUGUACUUUGAGGCCAUGAACACAAAGAAAUGAUGAACUAAUCUGGGCCGCAGUUCGCUCGGCUGGGCUCGGACCAGUGUUGGCGGAGCAAGAACGGUGAGGGGCAUCCUGUGCUCUAGUCAUGACCGCUGGGAAUGGCAAUACAAACAGUAGUCGACACAGAGGAGAGAGCAAGCCAGCCCAGGCCGUAGUUAAAUCCCACAUCCUGACCCACUUAAUAGAGGGCUUUGUUAUCCAGGAGGGUGCUGAGCCUUUUCCUGUGGAACGUCCUUCCUUUUCGGUCGAUUGUCUCCGGAGACACACGUCGGACUCAAGAAUGACGGGGCUUCCGCCAAAGGAUUUAAAAGCUCGACAAGAGCCUAUGCUUACCUGUGAGCUUUGCGGCAAGGUGGAUUUUGCGUACGUCUUCAAAAGGUCCAAGAGAUUCUGUUCGACAUCAUGUGCUAAAAGAUACAAUGUAGGAUGCACAAAAAGAAUUGGUCUCUUCCCAAACCGCAAAUCCACCCUAGAGGACAUGAAGAAACAAAAAGGACACAAUGAAAAUCACAAAAACUCCAGUUUGGAGUUUAAAGACAAGACAUCUUCAUGCGGGCGGACAUCUUCUAGUCACGUGACUCAACCUGCACAGGGAGAAGCCAGCCAAUGUUCGGACUUGUCCGGCUAUAAACAAGACCAAUGGGGGCCUUCGGCGCAAGGCAUCGACGUGCCGAGGGACCCCAGCCAGUGGAACGUGGACGACGUUUAUGUUUUUAUCUGCUCUCUGCCGGGUUGUCUGGAGAUCGCGGAGGGCUUUCGUUCGCAAGAGAUCGACGGUCAGGCUCUCCUGCUGCUGAAGGAGGACCAUCUGGUGGGGGCCAUGAACAUCAAACUAGGCCCCGCGCUUAAGAUUGCCGCCCAUAUUGGCAUGCUCAAAGACUUGUAGCUCCGUUGAUCAUGCCCAUAUUUUACGCUCUACCCUUGAUACAGGUAAUCUGAGUUGGAAAUGUUACACGGCACAUAAAAUGUAUAUGUGGUUACUUUCAAAAGAAAUCCUCUUUGUCUCCCAGCAAUUCAAAGGUCAGUUUGUGACUUUUCAGUUUUGCUUUGAAACCAGUAGUGUUGGCAUGCAAAAGGGUGUAGGAGCCAUUCAACAAAAGGCAGUUUGUUUCAGAGCUUCCUGUGUGGUUUGUAGACUGACAAACCCACAACUACAUUACGUCUUUUACACACCACAGGCGUUAUUAGCAAAGUGAUGACAUUCUUGUAAAUAACUUUUUUUUUGGGAGGGGGGGUACAUUUCCAAAAAUAUCUGAGGUUCAAAAGUUGUUAGGGCUUUGGCUCUAGUUUGAUAGACUUAAAUACACUAUUUGUACAGCAAUAUCAGAUUGAAAAUGUUCACAUUUCAAAUUUGAUUAAAACAAAAGUCAUAGUUGAAUUUUUUGAAUUUGAAAUUUCUGUGAUGUUGAAAUCCACAUUUGGAUUUGAUUCAGCGCAUACGAUGAGCAGCCCCAUACAGUUGCUAACAAUCCUGCCAGUUAAAUUCACACUACAUUGAUCCCCCAAAAGUUAAAAUUCAUUUGUUACUUUGAUUUUUGCAUUUAAUCUAUUACAAAUAAAAAAAUAAUAGUCAUUUUCACAUACUUUCUAUAUAUGAAUGGAUAUGUUGUGCUUUAUAGACAAAAUGAAACAACCAAAGCCAACCAUUUGUUAAUUUAAUUGAAUGAUUCCUUAUAAAACGUCAACACACAGCAAAGAAAGAACUUAGGGCAAAGUGUCAGCAGGUGCACAGCAACUCUGAGGAUGUGUUCACAUGGGACCAUUGACAAACAUUAACCUACAUGUAUGACAUCACCUGCACUGUGCAGUCACCUCGGUAAAAAGAAUGCUCGUCAGCUUCAUUUCUGUUGUCAUGUCAACAAACAAGUAGACUAUCAGACCAAGACCCUAUUGGUUGAAACAGUUUAAAGCACUUCAUU